AUUUACUCAUUCAUUUCAUUCUCACAAUCUUUCUUUUGACUUGUUCGAUCUUCAUCACCACCCCCACCUUCAAACUUCUCUUCUCUCCUCUCUUUUAUUCUUUAUUGGUAUGGGAUAUCUUCUUCUUCUUCUCACCCAUUAAUAAUAUCAUAUCAUAACAUUCUUCUCUUCAUCGUUACAGAGAUAUGGAUUUUGUGGAUUACAAGCGCAAAAGCAACUUUCCCAGGAAGAUCUUCCUGGCUGCUGGCCUUAUUGCCAUUUGUUUUCUUUUAUUUAGGAAGUCCCCUAGUCUCACAGGCUCUAGCAAGUUCUCACAGCAUGAACCUGGGGUAACACAUGUCUUAGUAACGGGAGGAGCUGGAUAUAUAGGUUCUCAUGCUGCUCUUCGUCUCUUGAGGGAUUCAUAUCGUGUAACUAUCGUGGAUAAUCUUUCGCGGGGAAACAAGGGUGCGGUCAAAGUUCUCCAAGAACUAUAUCCAGAGCCCGGAAGACUUCAAUUUGUUUAUGCUGAUCUUGGAGAUGCAUCAGCGGUAGACAAAAUAUUCUCCGAGAAUGCAUUUGAUGCUGUAAUGCAUUUUGCAGCAGUUGCAUAUGUUGGUGAAAGUACACAAGAGCCCUUACGAUACUAUCAUAACAUUACCUCAAACACAUUGUUGCUUGUCAAGGCAAUGGCGGCUCAUGAAGUCAAGACAUUGAUCUAUUCAAGUACGUGCGCAACGUAUGGAGAGCCGGAGAAAAUGCCCAUCACUGAAGUCACUCCACAAGCACCAAUCAAUCCAUAUGGCAAGGCAAAGAAAAUGGCAGAAGAUAUCAUAUUGGAUUUCUCAAAGACUAAUGACAUGGCUGUCAUGAUCUUAAGGUACUUCAAUGUCAUUGGGUCAGACCCUGAUGGAAGGUUGGGAGAAGCUCCUAGACCCGAACUCCGAGAACAAGGUCGAAUCUCUGGUGCUUGUUUUGACGCAGCUCGCGGGAUAAUUCCAGGCUUGAAGAUAAGAGGGGUUGACUAUAGUACCCCUGAUGGAACAUGUGUAAGAGACUACAUUGAUGUCACAGAUCUAAUCGAUGCACAUGUAAAGGCUCUGCAACAUGCAACUAGGGGCAAAGUUGGCAUCUACAAUGUGGGCACGGGAAAAGGCAGCUCAGUGAAACAAUUUGUAGAGGCCUGCAAGAAGGCCACGGGAGUGGAUAUAAAGGUAGAAUACCUUAGCAGGCGCCCUGGGGAUUAUGCAGAAGUGUAUAGUGAUCCUUCCAAGGUCAAGCAGGAGCUGAAUUGGUCUGCAAAAUACACACUUGAAGAGAGUUUGGCUAUUGCAUGGAAAUGGCAGAAACUCCACAGAAAUGGCUAUUCUAACUAACUAGGUGGAGGCCCCCUAAAUAUUACUCAAAUUCUUUUCUUCCAGAAGACAGAAGCUCCUCUCAUACCUUAAAUCCUGUCUGCUGAUUUUAUGUCAGUGGCCUUUUUGUUAAUGUAGUAGAUACAUAUUUACUUAGUAUUUAACUAUUUAUACAUUAGGUAAAUACCUGGAAAUAGUGUGGAAACAAACAGCUGCUGUAAAAUUGAUAUAAUGAAUGAGCACACUGCACACUUCAAUGUUUUUUUGGAUGACAACGUUAUUUUAAUGCAAUUAUGCAAAUUCUUACUCA